AUGGCCUCAGCAUCUGUGGCAGAUCUCUUAGACAGGACUUAUCAGGAUGGACCGAUCGGUGAACACUCCCUUCGGAUGGAUGUGGGCAUUCAAGUUGACCUGAGCUCACAAUCCUUCAAAGGACGUCCGGUCAAGAUCGAGUUGCUCCCGCCCAAUCGUAGGCUUCAAACCCUCCAAGAGCUGGGCAGAGAGCUGACUCAAGCGGCACCACGCAUACUCUACGAGAGACGGACAGAUUACCACAGCGUCAAAGUUCUCUCGGUAUUUUGGGAGCUGGGGGAAUACCCAGAGAUGGAGGAGAACGCUAGAAGUAUGCUCACAAUCUUCCGAGAGGCCUACAACUUCGAUAGUGAACUCGUGCCACUCUCAAGCGAGCAGGGAGAUGUUAGCUUGCUAGCCAAGUUAGGGCAGGCCAUGUUGCAACUCAGCAAGGCUCACGAGCAGAAUUUGCUCAUCUUCUACUAUUGCGGUCACGGAGUGUGGGAUUCGAAUGGCAAGACCUGGUUGAAACCUCAUAUGGAUGCCACUGUGGCUCUAGAGUGGGACAGAUUUCAAAGCAUUCUUCAGCUUUGUGACUGCGAUUUGUUGUUGCUCUUUGAUUGUUGUCAUGCAACGGCGAUGAUCAAAGAGAGAAUGAAAUGGAAAAGGCGCUGCGAAAUCUUUGGAGCGACCAAUCCAUUCGAUGAAGCUCUCGCAGAUACGGAUAAAUCCUUCACCGUGGCACUUCGAUCCGAACUCGGAAAAUUCUCAAAGACCGGCAUAAGUGUUGACAGAUUGCGAUGGCUCUUGACGAACAAGGACACUGUCAAAGGAUACCGCAUGGAGAGGCAACCAGACUACCGCUUGCACUCCGACUCGGAAAGAUACCCAUCAAGCAUAUACCUCCAGCCUUAUCAUGAGUUGGUCCCGGACUCGAGCUCUGACACUGGAGGAACACUACAAAGGAGUCUUGACGCUUUAAAUGCGAUGACCGAUGCCGUCAUGCUCUUUGCCGUUAAACUUGACAGCACUACCGGACCGCCUCGUCUCAUGGAGUGGAAGAAUAUGAUCAAGGCGGCGCCGCAUGACGUUUCAUCGGUUGAGGCGUCAGCAAUCACCAUCGACCAAUACCGGGCUUUGCUUCCGCUUGCUCAAGUCCACGGAGUGUUUGCUGGCUCCUCCGUUCUAAUCAUGUCAUUGCCGAUUUGGUUUUGGGACCAUCUUGCACCCAAUCCAUCCUAUAAAGAGAUUGGUAUCAUACGAUCAGACAAUUUGUGGAUGGCCGAAAGCCAAGGUAGCGAGGUGAUGCUAGCCAUGGAGAAGACGCCGCGGAGGUCCAUGCGACCAGCUCCUUACGCCACAGACCCCAUCCUCUCGAUGAUGAAGGACCUCACGCUGUUCAUUCAACUAGCUUUUACGUGGCCCGUUGCCGCUGGCUUGCCUGGCAUCAUUCUACCGUUGGUUCGAACGAGAUCAGGCUUUCUUGAUGAAUUGGCGUUGACCAUCGCUAACCUCUGGGCUGUCCUCCUCAAUGUCUUUCUCUUUAUUGUACAGAACGCUUUUUUGAUCUCUCUAACUCUGUUGGCAUUGCCUGGGAUACCAGUAUUCUUCUUUCUUUUGUACACUAUCGGGUUUAUCGUUGGGAAUCAUUUGUUGACAUCUCUGUUGAAUGGUCCAAGCAAGGGUCUCUUCCAAUCGAACCCAGCUUGUGUCGAAAACUGGGGGGUACAUGAACAUGAGAAGUGGGUAUUCAUGAACGGAAGUACUAUAGGGGACCAUUGGCUGCAGUCAAAUCUCGACCGUCUUGCAAUGACGUUCAGACGCCCUGUAUUUGGCAUCCACAAUCAAACACGCGGCAUCAUAUUCGAUAUGCUCGAAGGCAUCGUUCAGCGAAAUCUGGGUUUCGCGACUACGGAUGUCCGGACAGCAUACGGAGCCCUGGCCGAGAUGAUUGCCGACCAUAAUAUUACCAAGGUGAUCCUGGUUCUGCAUGGCCAAGGCUGUAUCAAAGGUGGAAUAGUACUUGACUGGCUAUAUGCCACAUUACCUGUCGAACAGCUCCGCAAGCUAGAGCUCUAUACAUUCGGCAAUGCAGGAAACCACUGGAGUGCGCCUACCAUACUAUCUGAAAGUACGAGUAAACGAGGUCAAGCGGCAACGACCUGGUCUAACGACGGAGGAGGAAACAACUCACCUGAACAGCGGAUCGUGCAGCACAUUGAACAUUACGCCAACGAAGGUGACUUCGUGGCCAGAUUCGGGAUCCUGCAUUUCCGCCCUGAUCGGGAAUUACUUCCCACUUCCACCCGCAGAGCAGGUAACGAAGCUACUACAUACAAGGCGCAGCUCAGCAAGAUCAUACGGUUCAUACCCACGGUUAUAGCCUCGAUCUGGACAGCUCAUGAAACGCUGGUUAAAGAUUCCGAAGAAGAGGAGGAAAACCUAUUCUACGGGCGCCUCUUCAAGCGAGUCGGCUCUGGCCACCUAUUUAACCAGCACUAUCUCGACCAUUUCUUCGAGCUGGAAGACCUCGACAUGAAUGACCCUUCUAAGGGUAGAGUCAAAGACUAUCAGAACAAUUAUAUGAACGCCGAGGUCGACAUGGACGUCUUCAACAAAUGGAACACUGUACAGGCUGUAGCAGUUGCGAAAUCUCAGACCCAGAAUGUCACCGAGAGAGCCGGUGCCGGAAAGAAGCGGAUCAAGGACUUGUGUCGGUUGUGGGCCUAUCGAAAUGGAAUGAGUCCCUUAGAAUAA